AUGGGUCGGGACGGAGUGUUUGGGAGUGCACUUAUUCUCGCCGUCACGACGAUUGGUGCUGGCAUCCUCACACUGCCAUCCGCCUUUUCAGACGCCGGUGUCUUGCUGGCGCUGACUGUGCUAAUUUUUGUUGCCCUUCUCACAGUUGCCUCCAUAGAUUACUUGGUGCUCUGCAUUGAGAAGCUCGGGGUGAACUCGUACGAGCAGAUCAAUCGGGAGCUGUUGGGCAGGUUCAAUGAGGAGUUUGUGCGGUGGAUGUUGCUCGUUUACAAUACGGGCUCCGCUAUCAGCUACCUGGUGGUUCUUGGCGAACUCAUUGAGCCGCUACAGCCCGCCAUAUCGCAUCACUUUCCUUGGCUUCUCACGACGAAACACACGCUUUUUGUUUUCUGGUUCCUGGUUGUUCUCCCCUUGUCAUGCGUGCCGGCCAUUUCAUUUUUGCGUAGUGCAUCCUUUCUGGCCAUUGCUGCGACGUGUUUUAUCUCGUGUCUCGUGGUGUUACGAUAUUUUGUACCCAACGAAGGCGGUACUUACGUCGCCGACAGUGCGGGGGCGCCUCAGUCGGGGAAAGAGGCCUCGGAUAGUGUUAGCUGGUUCUCCGGUAAACAGCCAUUACUGGCGUUACCCAUCAUGAUGUUUUCCUUUGACUGUCAAUCACUUGUGUUUCAGGUCUACUCCGCUUUGCAAGUGAUGAGCCGGUGGAAUAUGAUGCGUGUCUCCAUCAUUAGUCUCAUUAUCUCGGCCACGAUCCAUGCCGCAGUGGGAAUGUUCGGUUACCUUGGCCACCCAACCGAUGUUCGUGAGAAUGUCAUGAGCAACUUUGAUCCUAGAACGGACCCUUUGUUUGCGAUUGGCUACGCUGUGUAUGUGAUUCCAGUGAAUCUGGCGUUUGUGAUUAUUCUCUUUCCUACACGCGAUGCUGUUUUUCUGAUGUGGUACGGUUACAGCUCUGCCACCGAGGCGGUAGAUAAGGGGUACGUCAUGGACGGAUGUGUGGAGGAGUACGAUGCGAGUCGCCACCGCAUCCCCAUGCGUGAUCACCUUAUCGUUAGCGUCUCGCUCUCUGUUAUGUGCAUCACAGCCGCCCUCUUGGUGCCGGGUGUCGUCUCCGUGGUGGCGUUGUUGGGGGCCGUGUGUAGUAGCAGUUUGUGCUUCACCUACCCCGCGCUUUACCGCCUUCGGCUACACAAAACCGGCAUUCUGCCUUAUUCAAAGUAUUGGGAGCGCCCGUUGAUGCUGCUGAUGUUGAGCUUUGGUGUUGUUGGUGGCGCGCUUGGGACCAUUGUGGCGGCAAAAGAAUUUAUGUAG